AUGGUAUUUAUCACUCAUUUUGACCGAUACAUUUUGUUACAUCAAACAAACAUUGUUUAGAAAGCACAAAAAAAAAAUCAUUGGGAACAAUAGAAGAAUUAUAAAUAUCUCAACUAAACUAUCACCAAAAUCAAGUGAUCCCAUUGUUUUUUCACUCAAGUGCUUCGGUGUAGAAAUUUUCUUCUUCACAAAAUUGAUAAUGCUUUUCACUUACAAGCAAGGUUCAAGAAGGCACUAGGCAGGCAGUGGGAUUAUGCCUAGUACCUAGCACGAAUAUGUCCUCAUCCACAACACUUUUUUUUACUUUAGUUCAAUCUUAAAAAUGAUUAAUAACCUAGCUAACACUCAACAACAAGCAAAACAUGAUUUCUUAGAUUUAUGAUGGUGAAAAGUAGGGCAAAGGGUUGGGUCGACCAGCUGGAGAAGAACUAAAGAAGUCAUUUCGGAAAGAUUAGCUACAUUUUUUCAUAAUCCUUGGUAUGUCGAUGGGUUUAAAAGCAUCAACCGCCAUGAUUAAUCACACCUCACGCCAAUUAAUUGUGCCUAGCUUCACAAGGCGUUAUGAAUGCCUAAUGGUAAUAUGGUGUGCCUAGGACCUAGGCGAGGCAUUUUGUUAGUGGCUAGCGCCUAGGUGCACCUAGUCGUGCGCGAAAUUACGCUGUCUAGAAUCUUGCUUACAAGUGUGGUAAAAAAUCUACGAAUUAAAGGUUAAUAGCUUACGUUUUUACGCUUCUAUGUCACCAAAACGCUUCUACAUAAAAUCUCGAAUUUGACUACAUUGGUGGUAAGAACUAAGAUAUAAGGGAUGACAUGAAAAUGAUUUUUUUUAUUAUUUUCCUACCUUUUAAUCAAUUUGUAUUUCUUCGUUUUAACUCUUGUUGUGAAAUAUUUUGAAGAGAUGAACCAAGUUCAUUGUAAUCUCUAAUUUUUUUUAUAUUUCGACAAAACAAAUUUGUACGACCUUGGUACCACUACGUAUUUUCGAUGAGUUCAGUGUGAUAUAUUUCGACGAAGAUUUCAAGACAUCAAUGUGGAUAUAUUUAAGAAGUAUGAUUAAUAUCUACGUUGCAAAAUUUGUAUUAUGAAUUAUAAAAAAUUAGACAAGGUCGUAAAACUUAGUGGAAACCAAAUUUAUGCAUGAUCACUAACUAACCGGAUUACUAAUCAAAACAGAGUGUAGUUAGCAACUCCAUAACCCUAAAAAAUGUUAUGAAACCAACUCCAUAUUUAUCUCUUUAUUUUACUUUCAACCCAAACGAGAAAUUUUACAAUGCUAUAUAGUAUUGGUGCUAUAUGAUUUUGCCUUUAUGGUACAACUUAAAAUUGUACAUUUACAUUAUGGUACAACUUCAGAUUGUACCUAUACUUUUUGUACAAAUUCUUUUAUGGAACAACUUGAACUUGUACUUUUAUGUGAUGGUACAACUUUGAGUUGUAAAGUUGUACCAUAACAUAAUGGUACAAAUUGCUUUAUGGUACAACCUAAAUUUAUACAUUUAAUGUUAUGGUACAACUUUAAAUUGUACAUUAAAGCACCAAUACUAUAUAGCAUAGUAGAAGUGCUCACCCAAACACUUUCACCUCACUAGUUUCAGACUUCAGUUACCUCCAAUUACACUCUCAGUGAUUAUCUUCCUCCCUUUAAUCCACAAUUGUAAUUUGUAAGUUCCAGAACAACAGAGUGUAGUUAGCAAGCUAUAAGAACAGAGCCUCGUCUCCAUUCAGUCACUUGCUGACUGGUUGCUGAACCAUUCAAAACAACAACAUCAAGAAAAAAAAAAAAACACACUUCAGCAAUUAUGAUGGGCAGGGAGGAAUUUAGCUGGUGUCCGAAUUCACCAGACCAAUACCCUUCAUCGAGCUCAACAACAACAUCCACCACCAGGAAGAAGAAGAUCAAGAACAAGAACAAGAACAGAAAGAGGUUCAGCGACGAGCAGAUCAAGUCACUGGAGUCCAUCUUCCAGUCGGAAUCCCGACUCGAGCCCCGAAGGAAGGUCCAGGUCGCUAAGCAACUGGGGCUGCAGCCUCGCCAGGUGGCCAUAUGGUUCCAGAACAAGCGGGCUCGACGCAAGUCCAAGCAGCUCGAGCGAGACUACAACAUCCUCGGGGCUAGCUACACCGCCCUGGCUUCCCGUUAUGAGUCCCUCAAGAAAGAGAAACAAGCCCUGGCUUUAAAGUUGCAGACGCUGAAGGCAGAGGAAUGUGAAGGAGUGCCAGCUGCUGCUGCUGCUACUAAUAGCAGUGAAACAAUCAAGACCAAACCCAAAUCGAGGCCGAGGAAUUCGAUGAAGGGGUCAGGAGAAGGACUAGGAUUCAUGUCGGAUGAGUAUCUGGGAAUGGAAGAGGCAGAUCAGGAAGCUGCAAAACUUAUGAGUGACAUGGUGGAAUAUGGUGGCUGUGAUGGAUCACAGGAAGACUGGGGGUGUUUGGAUUCAGAUGGAGUGUUGUUUGAUCAACCAAGCAGCGAUUGUCAAUGGUGGGACUUUUGGGCUUGAUCGAUCGAUUGAACUUCAGGGUUCUUUAAUUUGAUUUUGUGCACUCUUAAUUAGCUUGGAGUUGUUGGAGUCAGAUUAUUAUGUGUAUAUAAGGGUCUGCAGAUCAGGAGAAGGAAAUAAACCGAGGAAGGCAUAGAAUUGAGAAGGGCUCUCUCUCUGUGUGGAGAAAUAGAAGAUCCUGUGUCGAUUGGUCUAAUACAGAACUAGAGAUUCAGAAAGCAGACAGAUUUUUAGCAGGCAUAGUUGUACAUACAGAUGCAUAUUGGAUUUGUCUUCCCGGUUCUGUUUUUUCUCUGCUUAUAACUUCCUUUGUUUCUGUUUUCUCUAUCAAUGUCAUGUAUAGCUUUUCUUUUCUUUGUUUUGUCACCUUAAGGUUUCCUUGAGAUAAGUCUAUCCCCCUAGUCAUAGGGAUGGCAACUUUGCCCAUAUCCAUGGGUUUCUUACUAUCCAACCCAAUUGGGUUGGGUAUGAAAUCCAAAUAGAUGGAUAUGGGUAGAGUUUGAUGGGUUUGUACCCAUACCCAUUUACUUUGGGUUGAGUUGGGUUUAUAUCAAAUGGAUUUGGGUUUGUACCCAUGCCCAAAUACAAAUUACAGUUUGGUACCCAAACUUAAUAGAUAUGCAUAAUUAGUACCUAAAUUUAAUUUUUUUUGCAUAUAAGUCCUCAAAAUAUCGAUGGAAAAUUACGUUUUGGUACCUAAAUUUUUUGGUCUUACAUUUUGGUACCUAAACUUUUCAAAUUUUACAAAUAGGUCCAAUUUUUGGAUGUGUAGUUAAAACACCCUCAAGUAAAUGGAUAUCCAUAUCCAACCCAUACCCAUUUAGAUUAUAGAAGCCCCAAACCCAAACCCAUAUAUAAACCCCCAAAUCCAUAUGCACUUCACCCAUACCCAACCCAUUAUCAAUAGGUCUACUUGGGUUUGGGUAUAAUUACCCAUGGGUGGGUAAUUUGCCAUCCCUACCUAGUCAUACAUUUAAUCCGCUGAUGGGUAGUGGAAUUAUUAUAAGGUGAAGGGUAGUCGACUUUGUGGAACUCGAUGGACUGGUGGACGAUAGAUCAACAUAACCCAUGGAGACAUUUGUGGAUACGAUCCCCUCGACAUCGACCAAAGAGGUCCGAGAGAUCAUCAUAGUGUCCUUGGGGAAUCUCAAAUCCAAAGAUACCUGGUAGAAUAGAAUUUUUGCUGAGCUUCCAUUUUUGACCAAGACUGUUGCGGAGUGCGUACUAGUUGCUUUGUUGUGUACGUACCCGAUGUGUACGAGUGUCAUUUUAUUUUGUUUGAGGACUAUACCAGCACUUUUCCAUUCCUAGUUACGUGGAGAAAGGAAUUGCAAGCUGUUAUAUAUAUAUUGUUUUCUAGCUGCUGCCGUAGCUUAGGUUGCAGGGAGGAUGAUUGAGUCCAUUAAGCACCGAUUUAGGCGGAUUUAUUCCGGGUUAAUUUUUGGCAGAUUUCAAAAGGGUACCAUCACAGAUUUCGAGCGAUUUAUCCGAAAUGCCAUUUUCUUUAGAUUCUGGAGGCUACAGAUCACGGAAUCAGGCCGAGGCUAUUCUCCACCGAUAAUGAAGUCUAUUGAUCCUAUUCUCCACGGAUGAUUAGUCCGUUAAGCAUCGAUCUGGGCCAAUUUAUUUUCCAAUGGCAUUUUCGUAAUUUCUUGGGCGACGAAAGGCCAUUUUCUUUGGAUAUUGAAGGCUACAGAUCACGGAUUCGGCCUGAUGCUAUUCUCCAACGAUGAUUGAGUCCAUUAAGCACCGAUUUGGGCGGAUUUAUUCCUGGUCAAUUUUUGAUAGAUUCCAAAGGGGUACCAUCACAGAUUUCGGGCGAUUUAUCCGAAAUGCCAUUUUCUUUCGAUUCUGGAGGCUACAGAUCACGGAAUCAGGCCGAGGCUAUUCUCCACCGAUAAUGAAGUCUAUUGGUCCUA